AUGGAGGCCGCCGCCCCCGGCAUAGCCAAGCGACUCUGGCACAUCGUCCGCAUCGUCUGCUGCAUGCUCCGCAAGGGGUUCACCAAGAGGAAGCUCAUGCUGGAGCUCCAACUCCUCCUCAAGCGCGGCAAGGUCGCCGGGAAGGCCAUCGGCGGCCUCAUCUACCAUUACAGCCGCGACCCCCUCCGCCACCAUUACAGCGGCGGCAGCAUCAGCUACUACGCCGCCUUCUCCUGCCGUUCCAUGGAACCCAACUCGUCCUACUUCACCCCCCACGAGGUGGAAUUCAGCUGCAGCAACACCCCCUCCUACCCAUUCCUCAGCAAGCGGAAGCGCAGCCACCGUUACAGCAACGGCCACGACUACGACAUCGCUACCAUCAGGAAGGCCAUGGAGAUCGUCAGCUCCCAAGCUCCGGAGUCCCCUGACGUGGCCAACCCAUCCCCAGCGCCAUUCUGGAGCCUCUGGAAGAGCCCGACGGUGACUCGGCAGCUGAGGAUCACGGACUCUCCCUUCCCCGUGGAGGAGACCGGAGACGCGGACAGCCACGUCGACAGGGAGGCAGAGGAUUUCAUCCGACGCUUCUACGAGCAGCUGAGGACACAGCCUGUGACGCCUAUUCUCCAGUCUCGUUAUCGUAGCCAGGCUGGCUGA